CUGUAAGCUGUAUCUUUGGGCAGUACAUAAAAAUUGUAAACAAUAUAUCAUUUCACCUUCUGUACAGACUAUUUACGACUGAUGUUUUGAUAAGAGGGAGUAUUUUAUUCAAAAUAUAUCUGCAAUCAUUGUGUGUAGUUUUGGAGUAUGGAGAAGAACGCCAUCAUGAGGGAAAAAGUGAACUGACUCGAUGAGGUGAAAAUUUACAGAAGAAUAGAUAAACCAAUAUGACAUCUGGAAGAAGUCUUAAGCAACUGUCAGCUGCACAGAAAUUCAGAAGAAGGAACACUUUGCAAAAAUGCAGCGGAUGUCAUGUAGCAUACUUUGUUUUCCUUUUAGCUGUGACAUUCGAUAGUAUUGUAUGUGAAAAAUAUACGCCAGAAUUCGACGACAAACAUGCAUUUGAGAUAUCAUGGCUUGGACCUGAUACACAGAGUACUAUACUUAGCAGUUUGCAAAACCUGGAGAGCAUUGUGAUGAACACAAAAGAUAAAGAAUCCUACAGAUGCUUUCUUCCCAAAAUAGGAAAAUCAAAUGGGAAUGAUAAAGAAACAAGUAGAGGGCCAAAAGCAGAAGAUCUUUUAUCUGGAAUUCUUACUCUAAAAGGAACGAAAUGUUCAUAUAGGCUUGAACCAUACUGGACUUAUGAAGUUUGCCAUGGCUUACAUGUGAGACAAUUUCAUGAGGAAAAAGUUCCAGGGCAGGAGAAGCCCAAAGUUCAAGAGUAUUUCCUUGGCAAAGUCAUCACAGAGGAUCCAGGGGAAGCUGCUACAGAUGAUAAAAAAGCAAAUGAAAAGCAAGAGACAGAAAGUGUUAAGAUUCCAAAAAAGGAGAUAGAUGGCAGAUUGACACCAUACUUCAAUUUCACAAUGGAUAAUGGAACACCAUGUGACAUAAAACACAACAAGCCUAGACGUGUUGACAUCUUGUACAUAUGUCAUGCAACUGCAAAUAAUGAGGUAUUUAGCGUUAAAGAGACAACAACCUGUGAAUAUGAGGUUAUAAUUUUGACACCAGAAUUGUGUCACAACCCAGCCUAUUUGAUGAAAGACAAUCCAGUUAAUGGCAUUCAUUGUCUUCCUUUAGAAGGAGCACCAAGUCGACCAAGUCGAAUAGCUGACUCAAAAGAGAAUUCGCUAGAAGAAGAAAACAUUUCAGCUGAGAUAAAGCAUACAACAUGGAUGUCUGACUCGACACCAGAAUCUGUAAAAAAUGAAGAUUCUGGGGAAAGAGAAAAACAGAGUGUGGAACAGAAAUCACCUGUGGAGAAAAGGAAAAAAGCCACAACAUCUGAUGACCAACUAACCAAGGACUUUUUGAGUGGUGAAUAUUGUCUUCAAGGGGGCAGUGGCUGGUGGUUAUAUGAAUUUUGCUAUGGAAAAUAUGUGCAGCAAUUUCAUCAGGAGCCAUCAGGAAAAACAAUGAUUUAUCUUGGAUAUUGGGACAAAAAGAAACAUGAGAUUAACCACUUCUAUACAGGUAUAGGAGGACCACCAUGGUUUGUGGGGCAGAGGGCUGUAGUCCAACUAAAGCUUCAUUUUUGGAAAUGGUUAGGGAUAAUGUCAAAUGUGAAGUGGGGUAUGGUUUUUAUAAUGCACAAAGAUACCAGAUUUAUUCAAUAACAGAGCAAUUUUCAAUUUUUAUUAGCAAUCUGAUGGUGUUUAAUUAUCAAGGUUGCCUGUAAGAUGGACAGUUGGAAUAGGUCAGCCAAUAUAAAAUUCUGUCAGACAUGCUUUUUGGAAUUAAAAUAUAAAAUAUGCCACUGCCUACAAAGUUACAUAAAAUAAUCAACAACCUGCCCCAUGAGCUUUUCUUUCAAUUAACUCAUCCCUUCUG